UUUAGACACAGCUAGCGUCUUUCUUGUGUCUAAUUUAAGAUUGGCACCCUCACCCUUGUGUCUUUAGAAAUCCAUAGUCUCAUCCCCCGCGUGCCUGUUUCAUGGUGGUGUGCUGCUGGUUAUCCCCGCCACAUUGUUAAAUAAAUAUAUUUUGAUGCCGAAAAUACGUAUUAAGGUCAGGUUUGGCGGUUAAAUAUCGGUUAGAUCUGAUUCAGUCAGCAGUCGCCCGUUAUUUUUACCAUUGGCGGUCAUCAUGACAUCAUUAAAUACCGGAGAGGAAUACCGGGGGAUCUCAGUGGUUUUGAUUUAGCAAUGAGGAUUUCCUGUCGGAUGCGGCAAACCGGCGGCGUCAUUGUUUUCCAGAUACUGUAACUGAGAGCUGGGUGGUUCUUGUAGGACUCUAUCUUUAAAUCAAAGCCAUGGGAAAGGAUUACUAUAAGAUCUUGGGUAUACCGUCAGGCUCAAAUGAAGAUGAAAUCAAAAAGGCCUACAGGAAGAUGGCCCUAAAGUUUCAUCCAGAUAAAAAUAAGGAUCCUAAUGCUGAAGAGAAAUUUAAGGAGAUAGCAGAAGCUUAUGAAGUUCUGAGUGACCCAAAGAAGAGAGUCAUCUAUGACCAAUACGGGGAGGAUGGUUUGAAAACGGGUGGUACAGGAUCAUCUAGUGGACAAGGAAGUACAUAUCAUUACACCUACCAUGGGGACCCACAUGCCACCUUUGCAUCUUUCUUUGGAGGCUCCAACCCCUUUGAUAUAUUCUUCGGCUCGGGACGCCAAAGAGGAACCACUAAUGGCUUUGCAGAUCAUGUUGAUCAUGACAUGGAUAUUGACAUGGAUGGAGAUGAUGAUCCUUUAAGUUCCUUCAGUCACUUUGGCUUCAAUGGUAUCAAUGGUUUUCAUCACGGUGGAGGUCGUAGACAUCGCACUGAGCCUUUGCAUGGUGGCAGGAAGAAAGUACAGGACCCUCCGGUGGUACAUGAGCUUAAAGUGUCUCUGGAGGAGAUCUUCCACGGAUGUACCAAGAGGAUGCGGAUCACUCGCCGACGACUGAACCCAGACAGAAAGACAAUGAGGACAGAGGACAAGAUCCUUAACAUUGUCAUCAAGAGAGGUUGGAAGGAAGGGACCAAGAUCACCUUUCCCAAAGAGGGUGAUGAGAUGCCGGAGAACAUUCCUGCUGAUAUUGCAUUUGUGCUAAAAGACAAGGGGCACCCACUUUUCAAAAGGGAUGGCUCCAACAUCAUUUACACAGCAAAGAUCAGUCUUAAGGAGGGGUUAUGUGGCUGCACGGUAAACAUUCCCACCAUUGAUAACCGAAUGAUCUCUUUGCCCUGCAACGAUAUCAUCAAACCAGGUACAGUCAAGAGACUACGUGGAGAAGGUCUGCCUUUCCCAAAAAAUCCAUCACAGCGUGGAGAUUUGAUAGUGGAGUUCCAGGUACGCUUCCCAGACAGAAUACCACCCCAGUCCAAAGAGAUCAUCAAACAGCACCUACCACAGUCUUAGAGGAAAUUCUUCUCGUGGAUUCACUUUAAUGCUUUUCCCCUUUUGGUCCCCCAACAAUGGCUGAAUUUGAAGAGUGGCAGAUACGUCAAAAAGGACUAGGAGCUCAUUUAGAUUUUUUUUGUUACAGUUUUACAUAAUUUAUUUUGAAAUUCUCUAAAUAAGCGGAACACUGACUUUCUGGCUAUUUUAAGUGGUUUGUUAUGCUACGGCAAAUGGCUUUUACUCUUUUAAUGACUUUUUUCAUUUUUUAGGAAUAAUCUUACUUGUUCGUCUCUGUUGAAGGCAAAAGAAUACAAGAAAGACAAAAUGACUGAACACGUUGAUAUUUUUGGUUUUGUGUUGGGGAUAGACAAGGAUGGACAAUCCAACAAUCACAUGCUAUUUAUUCUGGAUUUGGAUCUUCGUUAUUUUGUAGCCGAUUGAAAUCCUUUCCAUUGUACAAGUCAAUAAGCUUAUUUUAAAUGUUGAAGUAUGUAAAACUAAAAAGUGUUAUCUUGGGGAUUUUCAAGCACCAGCAGAACCUGUUUGUUGACUACUUGAUAUAUUUCCUCUCCCCGAACCACCUUAUCAGUCUACAGGUGCUUUCUAGUCAUUUUUAAAGUACCAGGUGCUGGCAAACCUUUGAAGGUUUGAUAACGUGAUUGGUUUUGAGUGCCUUAAUGUGGCAAAAUCAACCUUUUAAUUUUGAUGUAAUGCUUUUGUUACAGCUACAUAGUAUUUAUGAGAUUAAUUUGCCUUCAAAUGGGACAUUUCAUGAAAAUCUGACUUUUCCAUGUUUAAGUGCCAUAAUUGGGUCCCCAGUGCUUCUAUCAACCUAGAAAAUGUGAAAAGAUCAACCCAGUUACUUAGUUUUGGUAAACCAUUCUCUGCAAGCAUAAAAAAUAGGUCAUUGAAAUUCGUCUCCCCUUCUGAUGUCAGAAAGGGGAUAAUACCGCCCCUUAAUCUGCACUAUCCAACCACAGCACUGCCAUUUCGUGCAGAGAUCAGUUAAUUUGCAUUUAAAAGGACACACCCAAAAAUGGCACAUUUUUGCUCACACCUACAAAGUGGCAAGUUUUAUCAUCUUACAAUAUAAUAAAUGAUCUCUAUGGUAUUUUGAGCUAGAACUUCACAUAUGCACUCUUUAUUUGACAUAUUAAAAAAGUCUUUAAGUUCCAAUAUGUAAUGUAUUGUGGUAGCCAUCUUUAUGGGGAUGGUUCACCCGAAAAUAAAAAACAAGUAAUCUGCCAUUACUUAUGGUAACAUUAAAGUUGUUCCUAUGACUCUAGUCUUCUAAAGCCAUGUGAUAGCUUUGUGUGAUGAAUGGACCAACAUUUCAAUGUUUAUUUACUGAACCUAACGUGUUCAUGAUACACAAAACCUCUUUUUUAUGUCUAUCCAGAGGGACCCAGCAUAAGCAGGAGAACUUGAAUUUGUUUGGCAGUAAGUCAUCAGGAUUCGCUCCAAAUCUGUGUUGUAUCUCAAAAUGGCACAAAUGUCUGCUGGAUGCAAAAAAUAAGGGAAUUUUGCUUUAUUGUGUUUUAAAAGUUAGACUUCUUACAUCUUAUGACCUUUACACAGUACUAUUGUAUGGCUUUUUGAAGACUUAGAAUAUAAAGCAAUUGUCCAAUGGGCUUUUACUUUUACUUUUGUUUAUUUUCUGGAGCUUGACAGCUGCCACAAUGAGUAAGUCAGCAUAAUUUAAAUUUUUUUGUUGAACUGUCCCUGGUAAUUGAAUAGCAGUUGGAAAAAAAACUCAUUAAUUUGUCCAUUAGAGAAUUCAGUAGAGUAUACUAACGUCCACCAUCAUUAAAUGAAGGAUCUGAGUAUGUUGAUAGACCUGUCUAUAGAUCUGUAUGACACUCAUCUAUCAGUGCUGUUAAACAGAUAACUGUGAUGUCAAAUGAUCAUUUUUUAUGCUUUGAGGUCUUUACUGUUCAGUAAGCACAGCUAAAACUAUAAAACUUUUUUUUUAACAAAGUUGUAAUGAGGGAUUUUUAAUACAACAUUUUCAAUAUACUGUAUUUUACACUUUUUCGAUGGGCAAAGUGAAAUAAUUUGCAAUAGUUUCUUGUAUUUUCAUGAAAAUGACUCCUAUUCAGUGGACUUGUGAUUUAGCAUUUUAUUGUAACCGCAGCCUUUGAGUAACAGUAUUUUCUAUGGAUAAACCACCAGGAAUUUCCAAGGAGGCAUCCAGGUAUCACACAAAGAGUCACAGAGGAUUCUCAAAAAAUUGUGUUAAUAUGUUUGCCAAAAAAUUUGAAAGUACGUGGCAAGGUGUUUUUAUGAGAGGUGUCAGAUGUUUUGCUAUGUUUUAUUCUUGUACACACAAGACAUUUAAAUGUUUGGGUGCUUGAAUAUGAAACUUGUUUAAUUUUUAUGACUGUCCUCAUGUGUAUGAGAAACUAUUAAAAUCAGGUCUGUGCCACAGAAUACAGAAAGCAAACAGUGUGUUAGUAAGUGUGAUGCUGGCUCUGAAGUACAGUGUAUGAGUGCUUUUGGACUCUUCCAUGUAACAGUAUAUUGUUUAGUUCUUUAUUAAAGGUUUACAUUUAAAAGAACAAAAAAUAAACCAAAUAUACAA